AACAGGAUGGACCUCAUUUACAGUUUGUGGCAAGCUGCGUCGCCUUGUGAAAGUUAAAAAGGUGCUUCUUUUUUUUUUUUUUUUGGUUCAGUUGUUUUUUAUGUCGAAUUCCUACGGGAAAAUGGCUACGAUCAGACAUGGAUUGAAGCAAACCAGGAGCUCGCAGUAAUCGUGCAGGAGCAACAUUGCCCUCAUUUUUUUGCUGUUUUCAAUGAUGUCUUCGCCGGACAUCCCUGGAAUCCUGGACAACUGCAGGGAGCUCGAUCGGUUAAGGAAAGAACAGGAAGAUGUGCUUUUGGAGAUCAACAAGAUGCAUAAGAAGCUACUGGCUACUCCUGAAGUAGUUGAGAAACCUGCGGAUGCUUCAUUAUCUAAGCUGAAAAAUCUAUAUAUUCAGGCCAAAGAACUCUCAGAAAGUGAAGUAAGUACCUCAAACAUGUUACUCAGUCAACUUGAUGCUUUGCUGCCAUCUGGACCUCCAGGGCAGCAACGAAGAAAAUCAGAAGGUAAUGAUCAGAAAAGAAAAAGAAUGAAGACUGAUUCAGAUAUCUCCCGGCUAUCUCCUUCUAUUCGAAGUCAAGUUGAAGCCUGUACCGGUCUAAAGGGUGAACAGGUUGCUGCAAGGGUCACAGCAGAGAAUGCUGAAAAGGAUGAAUGGUUUGUGGUGAAAGUGAUACAUUUUGAUAGGGAAACAAAGGAAUUUGAAGUACUUGACGAGGAGCCAGGUGAUGAUGAAGAGGGUGGUGGGCAAAGAAAGUACAAGCUGCCUAUGUCCUGUAUUAUACCUUUUCCCAAGAGAAAUGAUCCUGCCAGUGUCCCAGAAUUCCUCCCUGGAAGACAUGUUUUGGCUGUUUAUCCGGGAACAACUGCACUCUAUAAGGCAACUGUGAUUAGUACACCUCGAAAGAGAAAGUCAGAUGAGUAUCUAUUGGAAUUUGAUGAUGACGAGGAAGAUGGAGCCUUGCCUCAGAGGACAGUGCCCUUCCAUAAGGUGGUUGCCCUGCCAGAAGGGCACCGGCAAUGAAAUAUGUUUAUAAGUUGUGUAUAAGUUUUAGCUAGCUGAAUUGAUUUAAGCUUGCUGCUCAACUUAGGAACUAACUUGUGAAAUACUGCGCUAUUCUACUUUACAAGAAAAGCACCAAUGUCGAACAAGUAGAGAGCCUUGGAGGAGUCCUCCCGUUUAGCUUGGGAGACCGAUUUGCUUGUCUGUAACUUCUCUUGAAUUGAUCACACUGCACAAUAUGUAUACCAAGGCGGAAAAUGGACUUAUUAC